AAUUAACUUGAUGCCUCUACUCUAUAUAAACCCUCCAAAGGCUUUCGUUUUUCUUCGCACACAAUUCCACUAAUUCAAGACGAAGAUAUGAAGACAGAAAAAGAAGAACACGUAACAACUGAAGCUGAAGUUGUUGUUGAAGCUCCCUUCCAUGGAGAUAUCUUGGAGGCCAUAUUCUCGCGCGUGUCUCUCAUCGAUCUUGUUCCCGCUUCUCACGUGUCGACAUCUUGGAACCGUGCUGUUUUCUCUUCGCUGCGACACUUGAACAAGCUCAAGCCAUGGCUACUCGUUCACACUCAGAGAACGAGGUCUCCUCAUUUGACAACCACGCACGCGUAUGAUCCACGCUCCAACAUUUGGAUUCGAAUCAAUCAGCCUUCAAUCGAAUACGUGGCGGCUCUCCGAUCCUCCCACUCCACGCUCCUCUACAUGUUAGCACCAUCAAAGCUUUCGUUUUCUUUGGACCCGCUUAAUCUGACUUGGCACCACGUGGAUGCCCCACCCGUCUGGAGGAAGGACCCCAUCGUUGCAGCGGUGGGUAAAUUUAUCAUUAUCGCCGGUGGAGACUGUAAUUUUGAAGAUAGCCCGCUUGCUGUUGAUAUGUUCAAUCUCGAAACUCGCUCGUGGGACACCUGCGAGACCAUGCCGGCGAUUCUCAAAGAUUCGGCAGCUUCCACCUGGUUAUCCGUCGCCGUGAUAUCCGAUCAAAUUUUCGUGGCUGAGAAACUCUCAGGCGUAACUUACUCGUUCAAUCCACGGACGAAGUCAUGGUAUGGACCGUACGAUUUGAGGCCAUCUGGUCAGAACAUAAUCUUCUCGGUUAUCGCUUUGACCGGCAGCCGUUUGAUUCUGGUGGGGCUCACCGGGUAUGAGGAGACGGUUCAAAGCGUGAAGGUUUGGGAAGUGAAGGGCGAGCGGUUGGAGGAGUGUAAAGAGAUGGGAGAAAUGCCGCAACCUCUAGUUGAGAAGCUUAAAGGGAGCUGCUGUUUAGCUGCGGUUGAGGCGACGGCGAUGGAGGAUGUUGUGUACAUUCACAACCCGUCGAAUCCUGAAGAAUUGGUGAAAAUGGAAAUGGGUGAAGACGGAUUUUGUGAAUGGAAAAGUAUAAAAAAUGUAGUGGUGAAUGAUGGGAGACGAAUUAUGGACAGAUUUGUUUUCUCUUGUUGGAGUGUUGACAUGGAGGUUUUGCGCAGGGCUUUAAUGCAUAAGAAUCCAAGAUUCUCUGUAAGGGAGAUCGAUCACUGACUGUUCUUCUCCGCAGUCAGUUGUUAGAAUUUUGAUCUUUCUUGGAUUCAGUAAUGAUCAAUUAUGUCUUUCCUAUCACAUUGCACCCAUAGAUUUAUGAAAGUUACAAGUGCAUCCUUGUGUUUUUAAGA